AUGGCGAAGAAAGAAGCUUCAAAAAAAAGACCUGCUAUAAGGGGUAUCAAAGAAAUUCCACAUCAGGCGUCGCAGGCAUCAAAGACAAAUGUUGAAGUAGAUGACAACCAAAGUGAAUUAGACAUCACUGGUGCAAGGUACAAGCUGCAAUACAGAUCAAAUAUGCUUGCCAUUAUCAAGGCAAUUGAAGAACUUAAGUUAAAUCAGGCUGAAGUGCAACAAGACAUUCCAUUGAAUAGAGACACAAAAAUCGAGCAGCUUGAGACAUUGGUUCAUACAAUGCAUAGUGAAAAAGCCGCAAUUGAGGCCGAAAAUGUGUCAUUAAAGGAGAAUGUCAAAAUUUUAGACGCUGAAGAUGCAGAUUUAAUAGAUCAAAUAAAUGAGUUGACAGUCCACAACAUCACUUAG